AUGCAGGGGGCCCAGACAGCCUAUCGAUGGGCGCUGGGUCUCAUCGCCAAGAUCACUGCACGGGUAGUGCAUCAGGGGUCUACCAUUGUCAUGAAAGCCAUCAAUACCAACGAGAAGCUGGCGUUGAAGAAGGCCAUCUCUGUGUCGCCUCGCGUGGAGCGAGCAAAGCAGCUCCUGGAAAUUACAGUUGGCACACAGUCCAUUUCGCCCCUGUAUUGGGCCAUCGAGUCGGGCUCUCUGCUGUGUGCGGAGGCAAUGAUCGAGGACCUGAUGACUAUUCGUGCUGAUCGCGACGUUUACUACUUCGGAUUUGAUGCGCUCUUCACGAGGCACCGGGAUGUUAUCAACAAGCUCUGCAUGAGCGCGCCCUUCCUGCUCAACACCCUGCUGGAUGGCCUCGUCUGGCGUUCCAGGCUCACGAGCCGGGGCUUGCGGCGCGUGAACUACUAUGUGAAGUACUUGGUGCAGGAGCUGGAUGGCAGCCCCAGCCAAGCGCUGCAGUGGCUUGUGGAGUACAACGACCCCAAGGUCAUCCGCCACGAUGCCGUGUCGCUGGUGUCAGAUGUGAUGUGGGCCCGCUUUGCGCAGUACAGGUUCAUAGCGGGACGGCUCUACCUGCUGGUCGCCGUGCUCUUGUUCGUCACCAGCCAGUCCAUUCUCUUCCGUCGCGACGGGAAGGACAGCUUGGAGGAGAACGUGGUGGUCCUGCUCUGCCGGGCUUUGAUCUACACGUUGAGCCUAGGGGCUCUCCUGAAAAACCACCUCAAGAGCCUGGCAGCGGACUGCUCCCAAAAGGACUUCGUCCGUGUAUGUGGCCUGCCGCUGCCGCAGUACCUUUGCCACCCGCGCGAGCUUAGCUCGAUGGCGCUGGUGUGCGUGCUGCUGACGAUGCUCUCGCUGGAGCCGAUCAUCUGGUGUGGACUCUUCAGCAUUGACAAGGCUCCGGCGGUGAACGAUGGAACCGAGGUGGGAAGGGAGAUGCAGAUUGGUAUAGUUGUUGAGGUAGGCGAGGCCAUCUGUUUGGCAGGUCCCAUGGGGGAGGGGUGUGAGGAGGAGGCCUUGAGGGCCGCCACCACAGCUUUGACCUCGCUGGCCGCCUGGCUCUCGGCUUUAGCUGAGGAGCUGGCGUUGGAGGAGCUGGCAGAUCAGGAGGAGGUGGAAGCAUGA